CUAGACACAGAACUAGGCUCUACUUGUAGCCGGCGAUUGUGUUCAUCACUCGUCAGUUUCUCGUCAAGCCCUUGGACACUUUGGAAUGCUAAAGAGCAGUUGCUUUGGAAGCAGAAAGGGAAGCUGAGGAUACUAAUACACAAUUUUGUCUCUUGGAUACAUGGAUCAGAGGAUUUCAACAGAUGUAGUGGAGCAUAGAAACGGCGAGUAUACUAGGAUACAAGAUGCGGAAGAUCCACAGCUGGGCAUGUUUGACAAACCUCUUCCUUGUUUUGGUUGUGGAAUUGGAUGGUUUUCUUUUCUACUUGGAUUUGUUUUCCCGUUGAUGUGGUACUAUGCGACAUUCCUCUACUUUGGUAACUAUUAUCGCAAAGACCCAAGAGAGAGAGCCGGACUCGCAGCUGCAGCGAUAGCUGCUUUGAUUUGUACAACUACCAUGUUCAUUACGGUUGCUGUUAUUCUUUUCCAAUCAUUGUAAAUAUGAAGCCACCUCAAUUGUUACACAUUUCAGCCUUCUCUUCAAACCUUAAGCUAGCGGUUCCUGGACAUGAAUUUUACCUGGCCCGUGAAAGAAGUAUUUGUUCCAGAGUGUUUCUUAUCUGAAAGUUAACCGGUUCUUGAAGUUAUUGUGGAUAAGUAGUAAGUAUCAUCCCUUAGUUCCCAUUAGCUAGGAGCAGAAAUUACAGAAUAUACAUAUAUGGCAGUUUGGAUAUGAAAGUAGAGUAGAGUUGUUUACAAAUUAGGUCGCAGAAGAAUUUACCUCGACGCGUAUUUGGGACGCAGUAGGAAGAGUGGUUGUUUAAGCAUCUUUUGGCAGCAAUCAUUAGAGCCUUUAAAUAAGUUUAUGGUCUGUUUAAAUUUGGCAAGCUAGCAAUAUUCUAUGUUGUGAAGAAACAAAGAAAGAUGUAAGGAUCUUUCUAUGAGAAUUGAAAUUGGUAUGAAACUGAGAGAAAAUUGAUUGUGACAAGGAAGCCUCUUUUUUUUUUUUUUUUUUUUUUGGUUGGCUGGAAGUGUGAAGGAAGUUGGACUGGAUAUUAAAAUAUU